AUGAAUAAGUGGCUAAAAACGCAGCCACCGUGGGAAGUCCCAAACCGUGUUAGGUGGAUCGAGAACGAUCUUCGCCGCUCAGCACCAUACGCUGGGCUAGAGUGGAAGGCCGGAUGGCCUAGGGAUUUCCCUCUGAGAACUACGACUGGAGUGCAGCGCGCGCUCGUAGCAUGCUCACUUGUAUGUCCAGACCGGCUUCCAGAGGUCGUUGCUGCACUGUAUCACGCCUUUUGGGUUGAAAAAGAGGCUGUUCAACGACCAGAGAUAUCACUCCCCGUCAUUGGCGACGUUGUUGGCGAAAGCCUUGCGCGCGAGAUCGCACAGAAGAGCAUCACAAUUGCGGUACGAGACAAAUUAGCCAGCAACACGGACGAGGCUCUCAGAGAUGGUGCGUGCGGACUUCCUUGGCUGAAAUGUACGACGGCGGAUGGAAGCAGGACAGAGAGCUUUUGGGGAUUUGAUCAUAUAGGUCAGGUGGCAGAUUUUCUUGGCCUGCCAGCGCCGAUGGAAGACGAAUCGAUGCGCAAUUAG